UACCCACAUUCAGGGAGAACAAUACUGAGUAAUAAUUACUUGUCUCAUAUAUUGUCAUGUUGUACUGAGCCAACAUGGUAAUACAUAAUGUAGGACUUGUCAGGGUUAGUGAGAGGGCGUUACUCACGUCACACAUUGACAGGUGAAUGAGGAAACAUUUAAUUAAUUCUCUGCUAACGUUCCUGAGGUGGGUUCCUCCACUCAUGUACCUGUCUACCUCUCUCUCUCUCUCUCUCUCUCUUCUGUCUCUCCGUCUCUUUCUCUGUCUCUCCCCCUACUUCUUUCAUCAGAGUUAGAUUAACUUUGAUUUCAUUUCUCUUGUAGAACUGUACCUACCUUUUUAAUUGUCUCUCCUUAACUCCUCCUUUUAUCACAGGAUUUCCUGGAAUCGACACUGUUCACAUUACACAAAAGACAGUUCUGAUUAAAUAAGUCCCAGCCUACUCUCCUAUCAUGGGUGUGCCCUCUGUUGAUGAAAUGUCACCACUGGUGUUAAAUGAUUCGCAAUCCCUAAAUGAGUCUCUUCACCCCUCAGACCUGAGGAUCGUUCUGGUGGGGAAGAUGGGAGCAGGGAAGAGUUCAACAGGAAACACCAUCCUGGGAAGACCUGGGGUGCCCCCAGGAGUAGCAGGAGCUGUAGGAGGAGUAACUGCGGCCUUCCAGGCUACAAUCUCUCCAAACUCUGUGACUGCAGAGUGUCAGAAGCAGAGUGGGGAGGUGGCUGGGAGGACCAUCGAUGUCAUCGACACUCCAGGGAUCGGGGAUGUGUUGCUGAGAGACACAUGGGCCAUCACAAAAUGGUUCAGAAAGACUGGUCAAGCAGAGAAAGAUGCCAUAGCAGAGUGUGUUAACCUGUCUGUCCCAGGGCCCCAUGUGUUCCUGCUGGUGAUCAGUCUGACCAGGUUCACAUCAGAGGAGAGAAAUGCAGUGAAAUGGAUCGAGGACAACUUUGGCCAGAAAGCAGCACAGUUUACCAUCGUACUAUUUACUGGUGGUGAUAAGCUAAAGAAACACAAUCAAACUUUAGAGGACUUCGUGAAAAAGAAUGAGGAGCUUAGGGCACUAGUCAACAGAUGUGGAAACAGAUCUCAUGUCUUCAACAAUGAAGAGAGGGAUGAGACUCAGGUCAGAGAGUUGCUGGAGAAGAUUGAGGAGAUGGUGAAAAAGAAUGGAGACCACUACACCAACGAUAUGUACAAGGAAGCGCAGAGGAAGAUUAGUCGUAAAGAGAUGAUAGAAGGAGCCAAACAAGUAACUGCAGGAGUUGGUGUAGCGGUUGCAGGAACAGGUUUGGGUCUCAUUGCAUUCCCUGUUGAAGCUGCAGUUGGCGUUGGCAUGGUUGUAGGAGGGGUAGUUUCUGCUAUCGGUGCUGCUGUAUCAUCGGCCGAUGAGUGAGUAGAAUUAUGAAAAAUAAACUUAUGAAGAACCAUCUUUAUCCAGGUCAGCAUUAGACGAUGUCCACUCUUGAACAUGAGUUUUUAUGAUUAAAUACUGUGUGAUCUCUUGUAAACCUUUUAUUGUCUUGUUUUUAUUCUUUUAAUCAUAUGUCUUUUUUCUAAACUAUGUACAUUAUGUUUGUAAUACACGUUUUAAAAUCUGAAAUCUGUAUGAUAUGCAUGAAGGGAAAUGUUGAAACAUUUGAAAAUUAUGAAUAGAUUAUGCAUGAUGUGAUAAUCAUCAACACUUUAUAGUAGGCUACACUCCAUUCACUGUUAAAAAAAUGAAACGACUUAUUCAUGGGUUCAGUUUGGCUUUCUGAGUCUGCUGAUUGUAUUUCGGUUACUUUAGAAAAUGUCCAAGUAGCCCACACUCGUUUGUUAUUAAUUUCCACACAAAUAAAAUGGUCUGAAAAUGGUU